UGACAAUGACAAAUAUUGGAGAAAAAGUUGUGUGCCUGGUUGCUUACCACAUAUUUUUCAUGCUGUUCGUCUGGUCAUAUUGGAAAACAAUCUUUACGCUACCAAUGAACCCUUCAAAAGAAUUUCAUCUAUCAUAUUCAGACAAGGAAUCCCUAGAAAGGGAGCCUAGAGGUGAAUCCCAGCAAGAAGUCUUAAGACGAGCAGCCAAGGAUCUUCCUAUCUAUACACGGACAAUGUCUGGAGCAAUCAGAUACUGUGACAGAUGCCAUCUUGUAAAACCAGAUCGUUGCCAUCACUGUUCUGUAUGCGACAAAUGCAUUUUGAAAAUGGAUCAUCAUUGCCCCUGGGUGAACAACUGUGUGGGAUUCUCAAAUUACAAGUUUUUUCUUCUGUUCUUGGCUUACUCUCUGCUGUACUGCCUUUUCAUUGCUGCAACAGACUUACAGUAUUUUAUCAAGUUUUGGACAAAUGGCCUUCCUGAUACUCAAGCCAAGUUCCACAUCAUGUUUUUGUUCUUUGCAGCAGCUAUGUUUUCUGUCAGUUUGUCUUCCCUCUUUGGGUAUCAUUGUUGGCUUGUCAGCAAAAAUAAGUCUACGUUAGAGGUAUUCAGAGCUCCCAUAUUUCGUCACAGAACAGACAAGAAUGGCUUUAGCUUAGGCUUCAGCAAAAACCUAAGGCAGGUGUUUGGUGAUGAGAAGAAAUACUGGUUGCUGCCUGUAUUUUCAAGUCUAGGGGAUGGUUGCUCCUUCCCAACUUGCCUUGUUAAUCAGGAUCCCGAGCAAGCUUCCACACCUGGUGGUCUUAAUUCAACAUCCAAAAAUGAGAACCACCUGUUUCCUGCAAAGCCGUUGCGUGAUUCCCAGAGCCACCUUCUCACGGAUACGCCGUCUUGGUCAGAACCUAGUGCAAAGGCUGAAAAGGACAAAGUGGGUAUGAGCAAUCCUGCAUUAACCAUGGAAAAUGAAACCUAA